UCUAUCUUCUUGAAAAUUUACAUGCUACAGAUAAAAAGUUGCAUAACUUGAAAUUCUUAAAAAUUGAGUUAUUAUAAAUAGUAAAAAGAAAAGUAACACUUUUUUUAAAGAAGAAAAACAAAAGAUCAAAAUCAGACUAAAGACAGUCAUCUGAAUAAAAUGAACGUAAAACAAAGUGCAUUGCAUAAAAUGAAAACACUGGUAUUUUUUAAUCUAUAUAUUGUAACAAUGUUUGUAUCAAUGGCAUCAUCUGCUUCUGUGAAAAGAGUAUUCGCUCCUAAGUUUCCUGAAGAAUCAUUGAGUGCUUCUGAAAUAAUUGCUUUCUAUGGUUAUCCAAGUGAAUCGCAUUACGUAAAAACUGAUGAUGGAUAUAUUUUAACGCUUCAUCGUAUUCCUCAUGGAUUAUUUAAACCUAGUAAUGGAAAGACUGUAUAUUUGCAACAUGGACUUCUUGAUUCUUCUGCUGCAUUUCUAAUGAAUCCACCACAGCAAAGUCUUGGAUUUAUUUUGGCAGAUGAAGGGUAUGAUGUUUGGCUUGGUAACAGUAGAGGUAAUACCUACUCGUCAAAGCAUAUCAAUUUAACAACAAAGAAUAAAGAAUUCUGGGAUUUUAGUUUUGAUGAAAUGGCCAAGUAUGAUCUUCCUGCAUCAAUAAACUAUGUAUUAAAGAAGAGCAAUAAAACAGAUUUAUUUUAUGUUGGACAUUCUCAAGGUACAACUAUUGGUUUUAUCGCAUUUGGGGAAAACAAAGAACUGGCUACCAAAAUUCGUGCUUUUAUUGCUCUAGCGCCUGUGGCAACUGUCAAACACAUUCGAGGAGCUAUUAAAACUAUUUCAACUUUCACCACAGAAAUUGAGCUUCUUAUUAAAAUAUUUGGUUUAAAUGACUUUCUUCCACAGUCUUAUUUUAUGCGCUUUCUUGCUCAAGAUAUUUGUGGUCUGUCGCAUUCUGCUGAAAUAGUAUGCAGUAAUGUUGCUUUUCUUAUUUCUGGUUUUGAUGUUUCCAAUUUAAACAAAACAAGACUUCCAGUUUACAUGUCACAUCUUCCUGCUGGAACAUCAUCUAAAGAUAUGAUUCACUUUGCUCAGAUGAUAAAAAGUGGAAAGUUUCAAAUGUUUGAUUAUGGAAAGUCAGGAAACAUCAAACGGUACAAUCAGGAAUUUGCACCAUUAUAUAACAUAAGUAAAGUUAAAGUUCCUGUUGCUUUAUUUACGGGCACCAAUGAUUGGUUAUCUGAUCCAACUGAUGUAAACACCAAUCUGAGACCUUUUCUUCCUAAUAUAGUGUUUAGUAAAAACAUUGAUGCAUGGAAUCACGUGGAUUUCAUUUGGGGUAUAGACGCUAAUAAAAUGAUUUAUGAAGAUAUCAUUAAACUUAUGAACUAAGUGAAGAAAAACUUAUAU